AUGCAAUGUAACGCGGGAGUGUUGCAUCAAGAGAAACAUGUCACUCGGGGGCGGCGAUUAAACGCCGAUCAGGUACUUUUGUACGAAGCCCCUCAUAUGCUAUAUACUCAAGGCACGGGUAUUGAAGUAGAAAAUUCCAUAUGUCCUCUGCGCCCACUCUAUCGUUGUUGUUUUGAUUGCGAACCACCACUGUCCUUGACCAUGGCUGAACUGCAACGCCCAGCACAUGCCGAGAGGGCAGAGGCCCGGGGAACCCGUUCCCCAGAAGAGAGUCCAGAAGAUUCCAGUGAUGAAGGAAUUGCGGAUACGUCAUCGAUAGACACGAGAACCACGGCGUCUCUCUCCUCUAGUAUCCAGGAAGUUUCCAUCGAGCAUGGCCGAAAAUACCAUUCAUAUAAGGACCAUAGCUUCUACUGGCGUCCCAAUGACAACGACGAACUCGACCGGCUCGACUUAAUUCAUAUGUUGGUUCAGCUUAUUAACGAUGGACAAAUUCAUCAAGCUCCAAUUGCGAAGAAUCCGCAGGGAAUCCUGGAUAUUGGAUGCGGAAGGGGUCUUUGGUGUAUUGACAUGGGCGAUGUGUAUCCCAGCGCGUCAGUCAUAGGGGUCGACAUCAGCCCCAGCCAGGUCACUUUCGUGCCUCCUAACGUGAAAUUCGAGAUUGAUGAUGUAGAAGAAGAGUGGACCUUCCGUGCUCCGUUCGAUUAUAUCCACGGACAGUAUCUGAUGGGUGCCAUUCGGGAUUGGCCCAGACUCCUUAAGCAAUGCUUUGAAUAUACUAGGCCCGGUGGCUGGGUAGAAUUUCAAGAUUUUUACCCUGAAUAUUACUCUGAAGACGGAUCCUUGCCACCGGAUGCUAAGCUGCACCAGUGGCUACGCCUCGGCGAACAGGCGCUCAAUGCGUUUGGACGCGACAUGUUUCCGUCGACGAAGAUUCCGGAUUAUGCUCGACAGGCAGGCUAUACCAAUGUGAAAGUCAUCAAAAAGGUGCUGCCUAUUGGCACAUGGCCGGAAGAUGCUGCCCAAAAACGAAUAGGCCAUUUGAACUGGGUACAACUAUACGAGGGCCUGCAUGGUAUGUCGAUGAGGCUCUUGUCCAACGGCCUAGGGUGGAAGUAUGAAGAGAUCGAGGUUCUGCUUAGCCAAGUGCGCAAGGAGCUCAAGGACCCAAACAUCCACGCUCAGAUGAGCUAUUAUAUCGUCUACGCCCAGAAACCGUGA